AAAAAAAAGUGCAAAACCCCGUGAAUUCUUGUUCCUCCAGGAACGGCACAGCUCUUCCAACCACUUGGGUCUGAAUCGUGAAAUUUGAUUCAAGCAAAAAGCAUCUGCGUACUGGAAUCUCUCGAAGAAACAGAAGUAUUAACAAGGAGAGAACGAAUUCAAGAAAUUAGUCCAAGAAAACUGGCAUGGAAUUGUAGCGAGAGCAAAAUGAUGCGUAGAAUCCAUUUUGCGAAAUGGGUUACCAUUUUCUUCAUGAUUCUACACCAAAUUCUUCCCUUCAAUUCCGUCUUCUCCAUUUGCGAGUUUAAUUUAGUUAACAAUGGCAAGAUGUAUAACUUCAAUCUGGCAUCGCCUACCUCCAAAUUUCCUCAUGGAGUCCUCAGCGAAGACGGGUUUUACAGAGUAGCAGUAAAUGAUACUAUUGUCUGGUUUCAGCUAUGUGAUGGGAUGAUUUUCAAUCAUGAUCCACCUAUGUGCGUUGAUUGCUUGGAUUGUGGGGGACCUUCGCACUGUGGAAUGGGCUGUAGUGCACUUGUAGCAGACAAGAUAGAAGGCUAUGAUGUAUGCACAGCCAUUGGUCUUGUGCCAAGCACGAACAUUAGCAUCAUUGAUAUAAAAAAUCCUGACAGAGGUGUCACCGUUAAGAUGUCUAAAAGUGGCACUAAGGUCAAGUGCUCACUUUCUGUGUCUGUAAUUUGUACGACAGAUGGUAUUCAGGUGCCACAAAUUUUGGAAAAGAUAGGGCCUUGUGAGUAUGCUACAUCCUUGAGGCACCCUUCUGGUUGUGCAAAGAUUAUACAUGUCGAUAGAAGAGGCUGGGGCUUCUUUGGGACCUUUAUAAUCAUCAUUUUAUGCCUUUUUGGAGGAUAUCUUUUGGCCGGGAUAGUCUAUCGAUAUUAUGUUCUCAAAGUUCGAGGUGUUGAUGUUAUUCCCAACCUAGAAUUCUGGCUUAGCUUACCUCACAAAAUUCAGAGUUUGUUUGCAUCUCUGGUUCGAAAAUUUAAGGGACCCUCUCGAGGUCAUCGAGAUUCUUAUUCUCCAGUCAACUUUUAAUUGCAUACAUUUUUGCUUCAAAUUGCUGGCAAUACAGCCAGAAGAGGUCAGCCUGAAAUUUCAUCAAGCAAUCUUAUUGACUCUGCUAUAGAGCUUUCAUCUUGUUCAUUGGUGUAUUAGAACCAAAGAGAGAAAGAGAGAGAAAUAGCUCCUGUAGGCUAGCCUUUUGCUACAUAAUCCAGUCUUCUACUUGAGAAGUAGGCUUCAGUUUUUACAUAAGGUUCUGUUAUAAGUAUCUGAGACAUAUUCAGAGCGAUAGAUAGAUGGAAAGAGAUCUUGCUUGGCAUGUGAACUUUUUAUAAAACAUAGGUUUAAAUACUAAUUUGGUUUCUAUACUGUUGGUUUUUGUUCAUUUUGGUCCCUAUACUUUCAAGAUGUUCAUCUUGGUCGCUAUAAUUUGAUUUGGUUCAUUUUACUU